GGUACGCCGUCGCCAUAUUGAAUUCUGUGUUGUUUUGUUGUGAUUCCUUUGAAGACAAAUUUUAGGCUUUUCCUUGUUCGGUUCGAUUAAAUUAUUAUCCUUUUCUAGUUUAUCAAAAAAUAACAGAACCACAUUUAAAUCUGGCUCAAAGAUGAGUGGAGGCAGCAUGUUAUAUGGAGGGGAUGAAAUAGGAGCGCUUGUGUUCGACAUAGGACACCAUUCCAUGAGAGUUGGAUAUGCGCAGGAGGAUACGCCGAAAGCAGAGAUACCGUCAGCUGUGGGAGUCAGCGAAGAUGGCAUGAUAAUGGACAACUUGGAUCCAGAGAAGAAACCAGAUCCCAGCAGUAUAACCACAUCUGGCAGGAAGUAUUACAUUGACACAACAACAUUGAACGUUGCGCGCAAAGGAACCGAGGUUGUCAACUAUAUGAAGGAUGGCAUGAUCGAUGAUUGGAAUUUGUUCGAGAAGGUGCUGGACUACACUUAUGCGAAAUGCAUUCAGUCGGAAGCGGUCUUUCAUCCGGUGUUGAUGUCUGAGUCGCCGUGGAAUGUGCGGAACAAGCGAGAGAAACUGACCGAAUUGAUGUUUGAGAAGUACAAUGUUCCAGCGUUCUUUCUGGUGAAGAACGCAGUGCUAGCUGCAUUCGCGAAUGGACGAGCGACCGCACUGGUUGUGGACAGCGGAGCCACGCAUACUUCCGCCAUUCCAGUCCAGGAGGGAUUCGUGUUGUCGCAGGCGAUCGUCAAGUCGCCGCUGGGAGGGGACUACAUCAGCAUGCAGUGCAAACAACACCUGCAAGACAACAAUAUUGAGGUCAUCCCACCCUACAUGAUUGGCAGCAAAGAAGCCGUCAAGGAACGGGAGAAAGCUCGUUGGACGCCGAAACGGAACAUCCCGGAAGUGACCAACUCAUGGCACAACUACAUGGUGAAACGAGUCAUCCAGGACUUUCAGAACAGUGUGCUCCAAGUGUCCGAGACGCCGUACGACGACAAGCUCGCCUCCCAAACGCCGUCGAUUCACUACGAGUUCCCCAACGGAUACCACCAGGACUUUGGCUCGGAGCGCAUCCGUAUCCCCGAGGCCCUGUUCGACCCGAGUCUGGUGCAGAUGAAGGGCGGGGUGGUGGGGAACACGAUGCUAGGAGCCGGCCACAUCGUUUCGACAAGUGUCGGCAUGUGUGACGUCGACGUACGACCGGCACUAUACGCCAGCGUCGUGGUGACCGGUGGCAAUUCUAUCAUCCAGGGUUUCCCCGAGCGGCUCUCUAGGGAUCUGUCGGUGCGCAUUCCUUCCAGCAUGCGACUGAAGUUGAUCUCGGCCAACGGCUGCUCGGAGCGGCGCUUCGGCUCGUGGAUCGGCGGCUCCAUUCUGGCCUCGAUCGGCACUUUCCAACAGAUGUGGAUCAGUAGUCAGGAGUACGAGGAGUCGGGCAAAAGCCAGGUUGAUAGGAAGUGUCCGUGAGGUGAAACAUAAACAAAAACUAUUUUUAUUCAAUGACAAUUAUUAUUUAUCAUCGUGUUUGCUUAAAUAUAUUAUAACCAAUAAGUAUUUUAUCAAUGAAUUACAUUGUAAAAUUAAACAUAUUUUAUAGUUUAGGACGACAAAAUAUUAAAACAAUCAUUUUAUGUGUCAAA